UAAGUUAUCGAAACGAACAGCUGAUUUUUGUUUUGUAAUAUUUGAGGUUGGUUUUUGUUGGCUGAAAUAUUAUUACAUUAAAUUAGAUAUGGACCUUUUACUUCAAAGCGUUUGACAAGUUGAACAUCAAACGGAAAUCUAUUAUAGCCCCAAUUGGCGAGACCAUCAAAUAAUCAUUGGAAAACAACCUGAGAUGAGUUUUCCAGACAAGGCGGAGCGCAAAAAGUGCUGGAACAACCGGGACGAGUAUUGGAAAUGUCUCGAGGAGCACGCCCCAAAGCACAGUUCUACCAGUGGGGAAAAGGUACCAACCCCCUGCCAGAGUCUUCGCAAAUCAUUUGAGCAAUCCUGCCCUGGUCAAUGGGUAAAGCACUUCGACCGCAAGCGUACUUAUGACCAGUUUAAGGAAAAAAUGGCCCAGGGUUAUGAUCCCUUGGAGGACCGUACGAAGGCCGAGAAGCAAGCCAAUUAACCCUUAACCCGCCAAGAGUUCUAGGAGUACUGUUGACCAGUUUAUACCCGUGUUUGUGUACUUUUUAUGGUAAAUAAAUAAACUAUAUAAUAACUACAAAGAAACCACAUUUACAAUAUAUGUAUGUACAUAUGCAUUAAUGGCAGAUGGUACUAAGCAUGUCCUAACUUGUCUUCU